AUGGAGAAAAUCGAAGAUUGGAUGGAGUUUGGUGUCAAUAUUCUAUGAUUCUGGGAGAGAAAGACAACAGUCAAGUUCAAUGGUGAAAUUGUUAGACUUCUGAUCCAUGGAUUAUUGGUUAUGAACGUUAUCCGAACUUUGAGAAGCACUAUUUUAUGAAUUGGUUCGUUUUUUAUAACAUUCUGUCUCGUUUCAAGUACAUGAAAACUCGUUUUCAAAUCUACUUUUCAAACUUUAUCACCAUUGUCUAGUGUAUAUUUUCCAGGUCCUCUACCAACUCGAAUCUUCUCUAUUACACUCUGAGAUUGGAAUGCUUCGUAUGGAUUCACCAGGAUCGAAUUAAUUUUAUAAUUUUCGUUGAAUUUUAA